GUUUCUCCUCCCCCUCCGGAAAGCUUGAGGGGAUUUUCAGCUUCACUGAGAGCUAUCAGAACCUGAAUAUCAUUCCCAAAGAAGUGAGACCUAUAUAGUAACAGGAAGCCCCUCAAAAAAAAUCAGUGAUGUCCUAUCAAACAGAAGCAAUGACGUCCCAGCCUCAAAUGACUGUAACCAGCUACACUGUCUCUCACUGGAGCUCUGAUGUCUGUGACUGUUGUGACGACUGUGGAAUCUGUCUGUGUGGGGCGUUUAUUCCAUGCAUUUUGGGAUGUAAGGUGGCACAGGAUAAUGGUGACAGCUGCUGUUUGCCCUUCCUACCCGGUGCUAUGAUUGCAUUGAGAACCAGUAUUCGUGACAGAUAUCGUAUUAAUGGCUCUGUCUGCGACGACUGGGUGAUUAUGACCUGCUGCUCUUUCUGUGGACUCUGUCAGAUGGCUCGAGAACAGAAGGCAAGAAGCUAAUUUAAAAAGAAAAUGAAGAGGAGAGAAUGGAUGACUAAUUUAGAUGACUGUG